AUGAAUAAGAACAAGCAAGUGUGGACCUUCAAAAGUUUGCUGGCUGAUCCCCUGAAAAACAAUUCUCCAGAAGCAAGUACUCCUAUAUUCUUGAAAGACAAACAUUCAGCCAGCCCAGAAAAAAUAGUUGUUGCGAUGUGGAAAUGUAGGCUUAAUUUUUGUCAGUUUUACAGUUUAACUGACCGAGAAGCUGAAGUUGAGUUCAAGGAUGCCAGUCACCUUCCACAGCUGUUUUUGGACAGAGCGCCUGAUAUUCAAGGCAGGCACUUCCGCAAGUCUCUCACGAGCAUGGUAACCAUCAUUCGCAAAGCUACGGAUGUGAUUUUCAUCACUUGCAUUAGAUCAAAACCUGAAAAGGUGGUGCUAGGUCUGCUGCUGUUGCACUGUGCUGAUGUGGACAACCCUGGGGCUGUCCAGGUCUUACCUAGUGCCCUGACAAGAGAUCAGACUGUUGAUGUGACAGCUGAUGCAAAUGCUGAUUUCAAUUUAAGUCAUUUUUACAGAAGGAGAGAGUUUCAGGGACAAACAAACCCAGUCUUUAAGGAUUACCUCCCUGGUUCUUCUGACCUUCCUGAACAGAACAAGCCUGUUGAACCAACAAGUCUCUGGAAGCAAGUAUCACAGACACAGAACUUGCCACCUGGUCUGGAGUACCUGAACCAGCUGGACCAGAUAAUUAUUCAUCAGCAAGUGGAGCUUCUUGAAGCCAUACUUGGCACAGAGACCUCCAGCAAAUACGAGAUAAAAAACCAUUUGGGACAAAGAGUUUACUUUGCAGUAGAAGAAAAUGAUUGCUUUGACCGUAACUUGUGUUCGCCUAUAAGGUCUUUCACCAUAAGGAUUGCUGACAACACGGGCCGAGAAGUGAUUACAGUGAACAGACCCUUGAGAUGCAACAGCUGCUGGUUCCCCUGCUUCCUGCAAGAGUUAGAAGUUCAGUCCCCACCAGGUACAAUAGCUGGGUACGUUGUACAGAACUGGGACCCUUUUCUGCCAAAGUUUACUAUACAGAAUGAAAGUAAAGAAGAUGUACUAAAAAUAAUUGGCCCAUACGCAACUUGUGGCUGUUUUGAAGACGUUGACUUUGAGCUAAAAGCUCUCAAUGAGAUGUCAACGAUCGGCAAAAUUUCCAAGUACUGGUCUGGCUUUGUAAACAAUGUCUUUACCAACACUGCCAACUUCGGGAUCCAGGUCCCUGUAGAUCUUGAUGUGAGAAUCAAGGCAGUAAUGAUUGGUGCUUGCUUCCUUAUUGACUUAAUGUUCUUUGAAAACUCUUUGGAUGGAUUAUAA